UUGUCGUGCUGAAAUAUCAGCAAAAAGUAUAAACGCGCGCUUACGGUUCUCCGCGUAUUCCCCUUCUCCACUUUAAAGACUGGAUUUUCUAGAGCAACUGUACACGCACACAUAGACGUGGCCUGUCCAUGUACUCUCUCCGCGCACGCGUGUAAAAAAUUUCGGAUUUGGCAACGCUGCGUAAAUUGACGUUUAGAAAAAAUGUCUGGAAAACCGCGUUCAAAACGUGGAAGGUUCGUUUCAAAGAAAAAGGCUGAACGAGUGAAAAAAGCUGUAGAAAAUAGCGUAGCAGCCAGAAAAAGCAAAACCAAUAAAAGUACCAGGCAAGAAAGCGAUGAUGAGGGGAAUCAUAUUGUUAACCUUAAAAGUAUGGGCCAAGCACUACACUGCUGUGCUUGCAAAGAAGUUUUGAGUUUAGAUAAUAUAAAUAAUGAAGUGCGCAAAGGACUUUUCUCAAUACUUCAUAUUAAGUGCCAUAAAUGUGGAAUUCAAAAUGAGGUUAACACUGGUAAGAAAGUUGACUUAGAUGGCCACUGUUACACAAAUGUGAAUCUUCAAGCUGUCCUUGGUGCGAUGCAUUCUGGUCUUGGAUGUACUGGUUUGAACAAAAUUCUUGCAUGCCUCAAUAUUCCAGUCAUAACAAUGGAUAUGUUCAAAAGAUAUGAAAGAAAAGUCGGAUUAGCCAUCGAAAAAGCAGCUGUAGAAAGUUGCCAAAAAGCAGCGUUAGAAGAAAGGCACCUUGUGAUAAAGAACACUCAAGAGCUUUGUGAUAAUUUGUAAGAAUUAUCAUUUUUUUUGUAUGAGAAUAUUUGUAAAUUUUAUAUGCACAUUUUUGAAUAUUCUUUUGGUUAAUUGAAUUAUAUAUUUAUACUGAAUUGUAGCUGCGAUUUAACUUUUCAAUUGUAUAUUGAAUUGUAUAUUAUUGCUUAAUUUAUAAUACAUCAAUAAUGGAUUGAUAUUUAGCUGGGAUGAACCUUUAUAUU